AUGAGCACUAGCGACGAUUCUCCCGGCGACUUGGGCUUUGGAGAGAAAGCUCUUCUCGAACUUCAUAUGCUGGGUACCAUAAUCGCGGGAGUUGCAUAUGGGAUUGUCAUCGUGACAUCGCUCGACUGCUUUCGUGUGGUCUGGAAGAACAAGACACGGGUCAGGAAUUUUACCUUGAUCUACAUCGUGGCUAUGACCGCUGUCAGCACGGUGUCCUUCAUCCUGGGAGUCGUGGUGACGAUGAAGUCGACCUUCCAGGUUAAUGGUUUAUUCUAUCAGUUCGGGGCCUUCGGACCUUUUAAUGGCCUGGAAGUCCUGCUCUUUCCACUGGCAUUGUGGGGUGCGGAUGGCUUCAUGCGAAUAGCCCUUUAUAUUUCGUUCGGAUUUCUGUCAUGUCUGCUCCUCUUCGCAGGGGUCAUGCUUCCGGCGACCUAUUUCGGCACUCUGUUCCUUUUAUUCGAUAUCCCCACCAACCCAUUUUUUAUCACUCUCUUGCUGGUCUCCCUUACCUCCUUUGUGAACCUGGCGCUCGCAGCGUUGGUCACUGUCCGGCUCUAUUACCAUCAAAGGAACACGCGGAAGAUUCUCGGCACAGAAUACGGUUCCCCCUACUCGAGGACGAUUGCCAUUUGUGUCGAAUCAUGCGCGCUCAUCUUUGUCGUCGACGUUGCCUUCAUCGUCCUCUUUUUACUGGACACAGAUACGUCAGCGAUCCCUAUCCAACUGCUGGCACAUGCUUCUGUCUUGUCGCCAUUCCUCAUUAUCUCACGCGUCGCUCGGAAGAAGGAUGCACUCAGCACGAUGAAAACCCAGCCGAAUAUCCACCAAAGGCGUCCUCAACUAGAAGAGGGAGGCGGCUUGGAUACUUUACGCUUCAAUUGUGCAAGUGAGGGACAACUGCAUUCGACAGAAUACAGUCCGCCAAACGGAACCCAAUUAUCAGAUUAA